AUGUAUAAUGUGUUCGAUUACUAUGAUAAAAAAAGGAAAUAUAAAGUUCUCUAUAAAACUAUUUUAACAGAGGAUAAGAAUAUAUAUGAAUAUCAAAUAGAUUAUGUAGAAUGCUAUAAAUUAAAAGGUAUAAUCAAGAUUGCUCAUUAUUUUUUUUGUGUUUUAUCUUCUGGUUUGUUACCAUUAAUUUUAUCAUGGUUUCCAAUUUUCUAUUUUAAGUUAUUGCAUUCAAAGUGCACAUUGAAUGAGUGCGAGAAAGUGUUAAUAGUAACGAAAGAAGGUAAAAAAUAUAUAGAGAAAAUAAAAAAUAUACAAUUAUAUAAUGAUAUAAGGGUAGUUUUAAAUGAUCAUUAUAAUGUUCAUGAAGUAAGUUUUUAUAGCAUUAAAAGUUUCUGCUCUAAAAAUUUAAUGAAUAAUUGCAAAAAUUCAGAAUUAAAAAAUAACGAAAACGAUAUACAGAAAUAUUAUUCUGAUAUAGAAGAUAAUUACGAAAAAAUAAAAAGCUAUGAUGAAAAAUCAGAAUUGGAUGAAUAUGAAUAUAGUACUCAUAUAUUUGAAUUUCUAGGAGUUCGUUACGUAUAUGUUAGAAGAAAAAAAUGUUUUGUAGAAUUAUAUUUUUAUGUAACAUAUCCAUUAGAAUACAUUCAUUUAAUGAGUGAUGGUUUAAAUAGUCAUAAAUUAAUUAGAGAUAGAAAAUUAUUAUAUGGGGAAUGCAAUUUUAAUAUCAAGUUAGAUUCUGUUUUCGUAUUGUUAUUUAAGGAAAUUAUUCAUCCCUUUUUUAUAUUUCAAAUAUUUGCUAUGAUUAUUUGGAGUAUUGACAGCUAUUAUGAAUAUGCUUUAGCCAUAUUAUUUAUUACUGCUAUAUCAACAAUAAUAGAAUUGCGUUCAACACGUUUAAAUCAAAAGAAGCUGAAAAAUAUGAUAGACUACAAAUGUGAAGUAAAAGUUCAUAGAUAUAAUUCAGUUACUGUAUUAGAUUCUUCUAAUUUAGUACCAGGAGAUGUAUAUGAAAUAGAAAAUAAUAUGAAAAUACCUUGUGAUACUAUCUUAUUAAUUGGUAGUGCAACUAUGUCAGAACAUAUGUUAACUGGAGAAUCUGUUCCUGUUAACAAAAGUAAUUUGCCAUUUAUUGACGAAUUUGAUGAUAUAAAUUUUCUUAAGCAAAAAAAAAAUGAGAAAACAAAAUUAGAUAUAGUAGAAAAACAUAUAAAUGAUAUUGUAAAAUCAGAAAAGAAAAAAAAAGUAAAAAAAAAUUCAAAUAUUAACAAUAAUUAUAAUAAUAAAUUAACUAAAAAAGAUGAAUAUAUGAUAGAAGAUUGGAAUAAUAAAAAUAUGAUACAUCAGAGAAAUAUAAAUAUGAAUAAUAACUAUAUUAUUUGUGAAGAAAAAUCAGAACAGACAAUUAAUAAAUAUCAUAAUGAAAAAGAAAAUAUGAAAAGAAGAACAUAUAAUACUAAUGAUUUAAAUAGUUUGUUAUCUUCACCAUCAGAUUCUUCAUCAACAUAUUAUGAAAGAAAAAAGAAGAAAAAGAAAAAAAAAAAAAAAGAAUUGGAAAGAAAAUAUGAAGACAUAAUAAGUAAACACACAUUAUAUGCAGGUACAACCGUUUUAUCAGUAAACAGUAUAAACUUAACAAAAAAGAAAAAUAAAGUAUUAGGAUUAGUUAUAAAAACAGGUUUCAUUACUACAAAGGGUAAAAUAAUUAAUAAUAUAUUAUAUUCAAAAAAAGCUCGUUUAAAUUUAAUCCAAGAUUCAUAUAAAUUUUUAGCUAUAUUGGCUAUAUAUGCAUUAGCCAGUGGAAUUAUAGUAUUGUUUAUGACUAUUAUCAAUAAUAUUUUUUCUAGUAAUACUAUAAUAAGAUGCUUAGAUUUAAUAACAGAUGCUGUACCUCCUGCAUUGCCCACUACCCUAACAGUUGGUAUAACUAUAGCAGUAAGUCGCUUAAAAAAAAAAUUUUCUAUUUCUUGUAUAUCUCCUUCAAGAAUUAAUUUAGCUGGACAGAUAAAUACUAUGGUUUUUGAUAAAACAGGAACAUUAACUGAAAAUAGAUUAGAUUUUUUAGGUGUUAUACCAAAUAAAAACAGAGAGCUAAAUGAUUUUAUUCCUAUCAGCAAUUAUGGACUUGUUCCAGAUCUAAAUGCAUGCAAUUUUGUCCGAACACAAAAUAAUAAUAAUGUUUCAGAAAUUGUUCAUUUAUCUCAAAAAUAUUCUUUCGAAAAAAAAGAUAAUAAUUCUUUAUUAUCAACUAUUAAAAAAUGCAUAAAUAGUAACAAUGUGGAACUUAGUUUCUUACAGUAUAAUAAGAAUAUUGAUGAUUGUGAAUAUCACAAUUUUGAUGAAGAAAUAAAAAUUAAAAAAAUUAUCUCUAGAGAAUAUCAUACUUUAAAUAAUGGCUCUUUAAAUAAUUAUGAUGAUAAUAAUAAUCAUUGCAAUUUAAGUAAUUGCUAUAAUGAUGAUCGAUACAAUUUAUGUAACGAUAAUAGUAAUAACUACAAUAAUUUUCAUUUUUAUAAAAAAGAAAACUUUAAUAAAAUUAUGAAAAUGAACCAUUCAAUGUUUCAUGAUGCUUUGGCUUGCUGCCAUUCUUUAACAAAAAUAAAUAAUGAAUUAAUAGGAGACGUUUUGGAAAUUUUAAUGUUUCGAUCUACUAAUUGUGAUAUUCAAAUAGGUGAAGAUUGUGUUAUUAUAAGAGAAUCAGAAAAUUUAAACAAUAAUUUUUUUUCUUUGAAAGAAAAAAAUUUAUUAAGUAAACCUAUUUAUUAUAUUUUAAAGCAAUUUGAAUUUAAUAGUAAUCUUCAAAGAAUGAGUGUCAUUGUGAAAAAUGUUCAAAAUGAAAAAUAUUAUUUAUUUUGUAAAGGGAGCCCAGAAAAAAUUAAGGAACUGUGCUUAAAAAAUAAAAUUCCAGAUAAUUAUGAUGAUAUGUUACAUAAAUAUGCAAAGCUAGGUAUGAGGAUAAUAAGUUUAUCUUAUAAAGAAUUGGAUGCAAAUAAUUACAAUGUUUUAAAUAUUACAAGAAAUAGUUUAGAGAAAAAUUUAUUAUUCUUAGGUUUCUUAAUAUUUGCAAAUAAAUUAAAAAAUAGUGCAUAUGAUAUGAUAAAAAAUUUAAAAAGUUCAGGAUGCCAGUGUAUUAUGUCUACAGGAGAUAAUAUUUUAACGUCAAUUUCUAUUGCAAAACAGUGUGGAAUAAUAAAUGAAAAUAUUGAAUCUCUAAUUAUAGGAGAUGUAGCAACUGUUAAAAAAAAAAAAAAAAUAGUUUGGUAUGUUGAUAAAAAUGAUAAAAUUUUUAAGAAUGAGGAUAUUGAUAGAAAUAUAGACAAUAAAAAAAAAAAAAAUAAUGAUAAAGAUAUUGCUGAUAGUAAUAAUAAUAAUAAUAAUAAUAGUAAAAAGCAAAUUUUUGAAAAUGGAAAAAAAAAUAACACAAGUGAUAUAGCAUUUAAAAUUAAUGAGAACCUUAAUGAAUUAUGUAAAAAUAAAGAAAGUGAUAGAUAUGAAGAAGAUAUUAUGAAAAACAAUAACAAAUGUCAUGAUAGCAAUAUAAGUAAAAAUUUAGAAAAGGGAGAAAAAAAAAAGAUAGAAAAAUAUCCACGUAAUUCCAGGUUAGUUUUUGAUGAUUUAUGUGAAUUAUUAAUUCAUAGAGAUCCUCGAAGUAUAGGUAUUGUAAUAUCUGGAGAAGCUUUUAUAUUUUUAAAAAAAGAAUUUGAACGUUUAGAUUUGCCAUUUUAUGAUGAAUGUGAAAAAAUAACUUAUAAUGUAAUGGAAAAUAAUUCUAAGAAAAAAAAGAAUAAGAUAUAUUAUAAUUCUAAAAUUAUUCCAAAAUAUAUAGAAAAUUUGCACAAUAAAAACUUCUGUUACAAUAAAUUAUUUUACAAAAUUCAGAGUAAAUUAUUUGAAAAUUUAAGCAGAGGUAUUUUAAAAAAAAAAUCACUAGAAAAUAAUAAAAAUUAUAUGAGAAAUAAAAGUAAAGAUUCAUUAAUUUAUGAAAAAUAUUCUGGCUUAACGAAUUCUGUUCACUUAAUGAACAUAAACAAUAGUGAAGAAAACGGUUUAGUUUGUUUAAAUAAUAUUAAAAAUAAGGAAGAAAAUCAAUACGUUAAUUUGAAAAUUUUAAAAAAUAAGAAUAAAAGUAACUUUCUUAAUAUAAAAAAUUAUAUUAAAAUUACACAAAAAAGAAAAAUAAUGGAUGCCUUAUUAAUUAAACAUGAUUCAGACGAAAAGGAAGUUUUAAGCGAGAGUUUAAGAAUAAAUUCUUUGAAUAACAAAAAAAGCUUGAAAAAGAAAAAACUAAGCCGAUUUAAUGACUUAACAAAAAAUAUAUUAUCUUAUCCCAAACCUCUCCUCUCACUUUGUAUUAUAAAAGAAAAAAAUAUUUGCAAGGUAAAUUAUUUUUUGCAACCUAAGGAAAAUUUUAUUUUGAAAUUAGUUUUUCGUUGCACUAAUUACUUUUUUAAUUUGAUAAAUAAAAAAAAAAAAAAAAUAUUUAGAGAACCAGAACAUAAUCAUUUAUUAGAAUAUCAUUCUUCUAAUGAGGAGAAUUACAAAUUAAGUAAGUUAGACAGUAUUCCAGAAAAUCAGUUUAAGCUAGACAUUUACGGUAAUACGUAUAAAAAGAAAAAUAAGGGGGGGGGGGGAAAAAAAAAAAAUGUUUUUUUUUUAUGUAAUGGCCUAAAUAAAAAAAAAAUAUUCUUUAAAAAUAAGAUAUUUAACAUUAACAAUGAAAUGAGAAUAAUGAAAAGAAAAGAAAAAAGAAAUCUUCAGAACAGUACUACUUUUAAUGAUGUAUAUUUUUACUCAAAUAGGAAAUAUAAAAAAUUAAAAGAAGAUUAUUUAUGUUAUAAUAAUAAUUCAUACAUGAAUACAUUAAGUCCAAGAUUUAAUAAAGAAAAAAAUUCUUAUAAAGAUGUUAAUAGUAUUUUAAAGUUUAAUAAAUAUAGAAAUAAUAGAAGAGAAAAUGUUACAUGCUUACUUGAUGAGCAAAAAAAAUGUAUAGAGAAUAAUGAAAAUGUGAAAAAUGAUAUAUAUUUAAAAUCAAACUUUUAUAAAUGUAAAUCUAACUUUAAAAAUAGCUUAUAUUAUAAAUAUACAUAUCAAAUGAAAAAAAAAAAAAAUAAAAUAAUUAAUAAGAAAAAUAUAAUUAAAAAUAAACUUUUAAUGAAUAAUUACUUGAGGUGCUUAAAACAAUCUUUAUAUCAUGAGUGCAAAAAAGGUACGUGCUAUAGAUAUUCACAUAUUAAAAAUGUAAAAUUGUCCAUAUAUGAAUACAUUUUACGAACAUGUACUGUUUACGCUAGAAUGAAACCAGAAUAUAAAACACAACUAAUUUUAAGUUUAAAAAAUUUACCACAUAUGCCUUUUAUUGGUAUGUGCGGAGAUGGAUCAAAUGAUUGUGGUGCUUUGAAUUGCGCUGACAUUGGAGUUUCAUUGAGUCAUAAUGAAUCUUCUAUAUGUGCUCCUUUUACGUCUGACAAUUUUUAUUUAAAUAGUGUAAUUAAUAUUUUAGUUGAAGGAAGGGCAGCUUUGGUUAAUUCGUUUCAGCUAUUUAAAUUUAUUUCUUUGUAUUCAGUUAUGCAGUGUUCAGUUGUUCUUAUUUUAUAUGCUUUUUCUAAUAAUUUAACAGAUAAUCAAUUUAUUUUUACAGAUAUUUUUACUAUAUUACCCCUUUCCAUUUUUAUGAGCUGGACUUCAGCUAGUGAAAAAUUAUCAAGCAAUUUACCACUUGGGAAAUUGUUUUGUUUUCCUGUUCUUUUUAGCAUAUAUGGGCAAAUUAUUAUUCAACUAUUUUUUAUUUUUAUUAGUCUAUUUUUAUUAUUUUAUCAACCUUUCUAUAAAAAUGAUACCAAUGCAUUUCCUCUUGGGGAUGCAGAAAAUAAAAAACUUAUUUGUACAAAAAAUACUUUAAUAUUUAUUAUAUCAUCUUUUCAGAUUUUAUUUAUUUGCAUAUCCUUAAAUAUAAAAACGGAGUGGAGGAAAAGUGUCAUAACAAACGUAGUUUAUGUAGCUUGGAUUUUGAUAUUAAUUUUAGUUAAUAUUUUUAUUACAAUAUUUUCGUCACAUACUUGUCUGAUAGGUUCCUUUGUACAUUUUUUGAAGAAAUAUUUAAAUUUGGUUACCUUCCCUGUGUAUUUCAGAUUUUAUUUAUCAUUUAUUUUAAUAAUUAAUUUUAUAUGUACAUAUUAUUUUGAAAAAUAUCUUAUUAGAUUUUUAGAAAAAAAAGAAAUGAAAAAAAAUUAUAAGCAUAAUCAUAUAAAUAGUUUUCCUGUUCCAAAUGAGUUAGAUACCAAGGUUUUUGUUACUUGUUUAUAA